GCACAUCAAACCCAGCAGACUCAGAGCCUGAAGUUCAGCUCAAGUUUCCAUCAACAGCAGAAACACGAUGCCGCUGAAGCUUCUCCUCUCUGGAGGGAUCCUCCUCCUCCUCACAGCUGUUCGGUCCGAGGAGCUCGAGGUUCUGGUUGCUGCUGGUUCUCAGGCGGUUCUUCCCUGUAAACGCAGCAGUUUGUCCUCAGACUCUUCUGCCAUCAUCUGGAGCAAAGACAACCACGGCACCGUGUGGAGGAAGCAGAGAAGCGGUCUGCAGUACUGGGGCUCCAGCUGGGCCCAGAAAGGAACCCAGCGGGUCCAUUGUCCUCACUUCCAGUUUGAGAAAGGAGAUUUCAGCCUGCAGAUCGACGGCGUGACGGAGGAGGACGGAGGACUCUACACCUGCAAGGCGGACGUCGGACGCUGGGUCACUCAGAGCCUCGUCAGGCUCCGAGUCAUUACAGUGUCCGUCUCUCCUCCGGCUCUUCUCUGGGGAAACGACGUCCUGCUCAGCUGUAGCGUGACUCCUCGGCCCGACGUAGCUUCUUUCAACUGGAAACUGAAUGACGGCCCGUUGGAUCCUCAGAUUAGAACCUCCUCAGACGGAGCCAGCGUGUCGCUGAAGGCGAGUCUCAGGCUGUCGGGGAACUGGACCUGCGAGGUGACGUCUGGAGGCAGAGAAGGCCGAGCUUCAGCCGCUCUGACAGUCAGAGGAAUCCUGCAGCCAUCCAAAGAGGACGUCCGGUUCUACGCUGCUGUCGGUUCUGUCGGGUCUCUGCCCUGCAUCUUCUCUCCGGGUCUGAAACCUUCAGGUUCUCUGUGGGAGAAGCUGAAGCCCGGUUCUCUGUUCCAACCUGCUGUGGACCGGCUUCCUGCUUCCUUCUCUUCAUCCUCAUCGCCUGCUCAGCUGCCCUGGGACAAAUCCGCCCGUGUGGACCCGGUCGGGUUGGAGGACGGGGGCAGGUACAGGUGUUCUGCCUCUGUGGAAGGACAACGACUGGCCCGGAACAUGAAGCUGGUCGUCGCCAAAAUUGUUCAGACCAAAGAAAAAGGUUCUGUGACGCUGAGCUGCCAUCUGAGCGACACCAGCGAGGUCACCGAGUACGACUGGCUCCAGGUGACCUUUGACCCGAACGGCACCGAGUCAGCCCGAUCCGUCCUGAAGGGGAAGACUGUGAGGAUGAGCCAGGAGUCGGAGCAGAACCAGUGGACCUGCCGGUUCUACGGGAAAGAAGGAAUCCUGGGAAAUAUAACGCAUCGGGCUCAGCUCAUGGCGGGUCUGACUGGACACAGCAGCUCUUCGGGCCAGUCCCAGAACAUGGCCGCUCUGGUCGGACUCGGCCUCCUUCUCCUGGUUCUGCUGCUGGUUCUGGCUCAGAUGUACAAAAACCACCGAAGGAGGAAACAGAUCUUCCAGUAUCCUGCUCUGGAGACCAUCGUUCACAGCAUCUCUAAUGAGCGAGAGCAGAAAGAAAGAAGCCGAGUGAAGACAUAGAGUCUGGUGGAAGCGUUUCCUCGUUUCACCUGCAGCUCGUCGGGAGGCGUCGCUUUGCACAAACUGUAAAUAUCUCACAGCAGACGAUGUAGCAGCUGUUUCACUGUUUAACUGAAUGUAAUGAAAUAAAGAAGGUUGUAAAUGUUUUCAUGAUGUAUUUGCAUGUUUACCGAAAAUGUUUCUGAAAUAAAGUGCAUUUAACAGAAAUAA